AAUGGUUACCACCCCCCCACAUGGACUGUCCCUGCGCUCAAUGGCUCCGCCCAUGCUGCUGAGACCUAGGAAGCCCCAGUGACAGACCCCGGUGAAACCCCCAUGCCAACCCCCCAAACAGGGGCGAUGGUCCAGGCAAGCCUGAGUGGAGAACAAGAUGAUGGGGCAGACCACAGACGACGUGGAAGAAGCCCAUGGCUCUGAGGAGCUGGAGUGCAAGAUCUGCUACUGUCCCUACAGCCUGGGCUGCCGACGGCCAAAGCUCCUGAAAUGUCACCACAGACUGUGUGCCAAGUGCCUCGCCAAACUUCUGGACCUGGGAGACUGGCCACCAUGCGCGGUGGUCUGCCCCUUCUGCCGCUACGUCACCAACCUGCCCGAUGAUGCCUCGGGCGGCAUUCCUGACGACGGCGGCCUGGUGGAGGCGCUGUGCAGCCAGAAUUACCUCAUGGACCGCUCCACCAACCUCCUGCUCAGCCCCCAACGCCUGGGCUCGCUGGCGGACUCCUUCCUCUCCUCCUCCUCCUCCAACUGCUUGUUCGUCACCAUCAUGGAGACCGCCCAGGAUCCGGUGGGGUCUCAGUUGGACUGUAACCCUACAACUCCUGCAGAAUGGGUCAACCGCUCUUCUAGCCUGGAUUCCAUGGUGCAACGCUGGACAGUGUGGACCUGCACCACCAGCCUGUGCCAGCUUCUAGCCCAGGCACUGGUGUGGCUCCUGGGCUUUGUUUACUUAAGCUCCCUUCCUCUGGGUGUCUACCUUCUCAUCAUGCAGAAGACGCCCAUGGGUAUGUUCCUGGUCAGCCUGGUGCCUGCCACACUAGUGGCGAUCAUGGUCUACGCUUUCUGCCGCUGCAUCUGCCAUGAGUUACGGGACUGCAUGUCCUCCUAGCAACCAAAGGACAACUUUGCUCACAAGCCGUGAACAACUUUUCCCCACAAUGAGUCCCUGGAGUGAUUUUCCCAAGAGCUGUAGAGUCACAGUCAGACGCUUCACUGUGUUUUGUUGUCUAUAAAUGCUGAAAACAUGGACUAUUAGGUAUGGGAGUGUAAUGUAUUCUUAUAAAGCGAUGAUGCAGCUGGUUUCACGAUAACGGCUGUAUUGUGAUCACAGUGGAAUUCACUAGAGUGGAUGACACCCCACUAAUCCAGAGACAAUUGCAAACCUGCGAUUUGAACAGACGAGGACAGAGAUCACUGUGAGUUUACCGGCUUGAUGGGAUAUUGGGGGCACAGUAACGUGUUCCAGGCACGUGUUCUCUUUUAAUGUUUCAAGACUUUAUUCUCAUCACAUCGCAGUGUGUGGAAAUGUGAA